GUUCACUUUCUUAGUAGGCGUGGUUAUUAAAACAUGGAGGGAGCCGGAGCCGGAGCUGGAGGCAGCAGGAAGAUUGUGGAGGUCUUUAUAGAGACAGACUCGGAGAGUGACUCCUCAGAAAGCAGCAGUCACGAGGAGACCGCUGAGCCCACUCUGACCACUGUGGAGGAACCCCCAGACCCAAGCCCCACUAACCACCCCACUGUCACUCAGAGCUCACCUGAUGUCGAUGAUGGAGAGAAUCAGUCAGCACUUUCUCCUAUUGACAAUUCCCAGCUUGUGAGCACGUUCUAUCAUGGUGAUGAAGAUGAGUCUAUGUCACAAGAAGAACCCGACAUCAACUUUCAAGAACCACUGAACAACAUCUUUGAGGAUUCCAUAGCAACCACUUACACACCAUCCGAACCGACACCAGUCACAGCAGACUUGCAGCCACCUCCAGAGGACAAAAUAAUCACCGACGAACCCCCCUUUGCAGUCGUGGAAAAGUCAAAAGUCAUUGAUAAGAGCAACAGUCCCCCUCUAGAGCCAAAACCGAUUGACCCGAACAGAGAGUAUUGUUUUUGCAGGCAGCCUCCAGACACCCACUCUAUGAUAUACUGUCACCAAUGCCUGGAGUGGUUUCAUGGCGAGUGUGUUGGACUCACUCGACAGAAGGCAGCCUGUAUCAAGAGGUUUUAUUGUCCACUGUGUAUCGACAAGAACCCCAGUCUAGUGAGUGUGUUUGAGAGCAGAGCUGAGGGGACCCGGCAGCAUGGGGUGGGGCAGGUCAAAGGUCAGGAGAAGAAAUCAAAGAACAAAAAACACUGUAGAAGGUGUGGUGAGUGUGUGGGGUGCCUGACUGAGAUGGACUGUCGAAAGUGUCGGUUCUGCCGAGAUAUGACCAAAUAUGGUGGCCGAGGCAGCCUCCGUCAGAAGUGUAUCAAGCGGCAGUGUCUGCGUUACUCUCGCAUCCUCCAUGCAGAGGACCCGAUAUACACCACCAAGGUGGCCCCUGUGAUCCAGGAGGAGUUAGAAGCUGGGUUACGAGCUGUGGGGGGUAAUACAUCCUCCCCCCGCCAUGAGGACCAGUUGGUAGAUGUGGAGAGACCUGACAUUGAUUUUCGCAUGAUUACUGAACCUACUGAAGAGGAGUAUCUGCCGCCACCAGCAAAGAAAAAAGUGAGUAUUGUCAAAAAGGGGAAAACCCCAGGAAAAGGAGGUGUAUCAAAGGGUGGCACUAAGGGUAAACCUGGAGGGAAAGGACGUACUGUGAAGCCAAAGAAAAAGACUCGACUGAGCACUUCUGACUUUGAUUUCGACGAAUUGCAGCCACUGUCUGGUAGGAGGUCCAGACAACCAUUCUCGGAUAUUGUGGGGGGUGGUUACUAUCGUGACGAGCCCCCCCAGCAGUGCUAUGGACCGGAGUGUGUGUUUCCAGCGCGACCUCACUCUAAGUACUGUAGUGAAGAGUGUGGCAUACAGCUGGCAAUGAGACGUAUCCGGAAGCACCUCCCUCAGCAGAGAAAGCUGUCGGAUGAGGCAGAGUCUCAGGCAACGCACAGAAACAAGGCAAACCUGGAGAGACUAGAGGAACAACAAAAGGCUAUAAAGAAAAGACUAGAAGAGUUGGAUGGACAGACGAUUGCCAUUGACAACCAUGUUCAACAACUCUCUAGUAUCACUCCAGUUAGCGAAGACGAGGCUGAUGCAGACAGUGAUGACCUAACAAUCCACUGUGCCACGUGCAGUCAGCCAGUCACUCUCAAGAAAGCCAUGCCUCACUUUGAGAGAUGUUUCAACAGGCUGGAAGGAAUGGUGUCUUUUGGCUCCAUUGUGAAAAAUGAAGGGACAAACAUCUUCUGUGACAAGUUUGACUCCUCCCAAAAGACAUACUGUAAGAGGCUGCGGGUCCUCUGUCCUGAGCACACCAAAGAACCCAAGAUUGGCCCCAACGAGGUGUGUGGGUGUCCCCUGGAGGCACAGUUCCCCUCUCAGCUGCAGAGGAGUCGGAUGUUCUGUCGUCUGCCAAAGAAGUCGUGUGGGACACACUACUGCUGGGAGAAACUCAGGAAGGCUGAGAUAGACCAAGUGAAGCUCAAUCUAUACCUGAAGCUGGAGGAACUGAAUGAGGGCAGUCGAUUGAAUCAAUGGCAGAUCAACUGUCGCAGUUCACUCCUCGCUGUAAUACUGCAUCACACUGUGGACCACGACAAGGCUACACUUGUUGACCACACCCAUAAUACCAUAACUGAACCGUCAACAUUGACUUCAUAGUUGUAAGCCAUAAAUACUUGUGCUUCCAUAUAAUUAUUAUAUUGAUAACCAUG